UAUAUUAACAUUUUAUUUCAGACCUGAAAGAUUGCAUGAGUGUUUUGAAAGGUAUCUUCUUUAGUGAUGGUUUCAUGCCAAUUCACCCAGAUCAGACAGACAAGACGACUGCAGAACCCCAGGCUGUCUUUGGGGUCAAUGACACACUGAGCAAGGAAGUGCAUAUGAAUUUAACUGAGGAGCAAAAAAUCGCAAUUGAAAAGCUUUUCAAGCAAAAAGGAUGGUCAAGUCCGAUUAAAUGUGAAGAAUCAAGUGUCCUGGAAAGAAAUUUCAAUAAGAUGGAUCUUUUGGAAACGGAUGGAAUAGAAGAUACACAGUGUGACAGUUUGGACACUACAGAUGGGCACAGUGUAGACCUGACGGACCAUAAGGCUGGCCACAAUAUGGACCAGAAACCUGCCUAUAGGUCUUUAAGAAUGACGUAUCUGAUGGGAAGACUUCAUGAGUUAGAGCUCAGUCUGUCUCAUUAAACUGCAGAUAUAACAAGGGGGGGGGGGUAGUGUUCAUAUGGGUUACUUUGCAAAUUAAAAUAAAAUUAUGCAUGAAUUUGAUUUAGGGCAUGUUGCAAAAUAGCAUUGACAAUCUUUUGUGCUUUUUUAAAAACUUUUGUGAGAAACAAAUGGGUAGUUUUCAUGCAGUGCAAGUGCAGAGCUGUCUUAGAGAAACUUGAUUGAUAAAUUGAUUAACCUACAUGAGUAAGAGUUAUGCCUCUCUCAUCAAAAAAUUUUAUUAUAAUGUGACCUAUGGAUUGGCCAUAUGUUUGUGCCUUGUGAUAGACCCUUUACUAGGUUACAAGUUAUUUAUGUAUAAAACUGAGUCAGAGCUGUAUCUGUCUCCUAUAGACCAGUAUGUGUGUCUAGUUUUACAUGUCUUUAUAAUUAGCAAUAAAAAUUCCAUUUUAAAAUACAAUUUUAUAUAAGAUAUGCACAUAGUUUGAAAUGGAGUGAAGCAAUAAUCGCAAGAAAUAUUGGUGCUAUGGUAUUUUAACAAAUGAUAUCAUAUCCAUCGGUUUUAUAAGCCUGGAAUAGUCUUAUUAUAUGGUUCUUCUGAUUUAUCUAAAUGUUUCAAGUGGUGUUUAAAAUAUUGCAUCUCAGAAUCCCUUUAUUUAUGACUUUGACAAAUUGCAUUUUAAUCUUUUUUAUAAGCCUUGCUGCUGAAAUAGGGAUUUCUUUCUCUUUUUCUUAUAUUUCCUACAGGUUUUUGGAAAUAAUUUAGAAUAUUGUUCAGUUUUUCUUUUUUGUUUAUUUUGAGAUGUGCAAUCUGUUUUGAAGAUAAAAAAUUGGGUUAAAUUAUUAUUUUAAAAGUAUGCAUAUUUAUUUUAUUGACAACAGAUACAGGUAUUUAUUUUGAAGUAUCAGGAUAACAGAGUUUGAAUCAAAUCAUAAUGUAACAUUGCACUCAACUUAAUACAGAGGUUAUCAAAAUUUGAACAUGUAUGAAGCUUGUGAAAUUGCCAUAAGAAAGCAAUAAAAUUGAGCUUUUAUUUUGAA